AUGCAAAAGUCUGCGACCGCAUCUGUGCAAGAGCCAGUACAAGAGCCAUGGCAAUCGACCUCGACAAGCGUAGAGGAAUACCCCACAGUUUAUCCCACUGCUCAUAACUCGAACUUUGACGACGAAGCUCCCCGGUCGGCAUUUUCCAUUAUCGAGCCCCCAGCCGACCUAUCCACACUCACAACCCAUCUCACCGGUCAUAGUACCGACGACACAUUCCCUGAUGGAGGACUGCGAGCAUGGUGUGUGGUGGCGGGCUCAUUUUGUCUCUUGAUGGCUACCUUCGGCGUCAUGAAUACAACAGGAAUUCUGCAAAAUUACUUCGCUACUCAUCAGCUGGCCAGCUACUCACCCAGUGCAAUCGGCUGGAUACCGGGACUAUUCACCUUCUUUGGUUUGAGUAUCUCUGUCCAGGUUGGGCCGAUGUUUGAUCGGUAUGGCCCGAAAGCCAUUCUCAUGACUGGGACUGCAUGUUAUGUGACCGGUCUUCUGCUUCUCGCUGAAAGCCAUCUUUACUGGCACUUUGUUCUCACCCUUGGUGUUCUUUCUGGAACUGGAGCUGCACUAUUGAGUACAGUGGCAUUAGCUAGUGUGCCUCAAUGGUUUGAUCGCAAGGCGGCUCUUGCGAUUGGGAUUUCGAUGGCGGGCGCGGGUCUUGGUGGUGUGGUGUUUCCGUUUGUGCUCCGAGCUGGGUUCACCAGCCUUGGAUAUAAGUGGACAAUUCGAUUGCUCGCAUUUGUGGUGUUGGUAUUGUGUGUGCUUGGAACAAUUCUGGUGAAAGCACGUCUUCCGAAGGGCAGGAGUAAAUCAACGGUCAAUUUGCGUUCUUUGAAAGAUGCGAGGUUUACCUGGUUGACAUUGGGCAUCUUUGGUCUUGAGCUCGAGGUCUUUGCUGGUCUCGGUCUUUAUCCAACAUAUGUGAUCAUGCAAGGGUUCUCUGCGAACACCAGUGUCAUUCUUCUCGCAGUUUUAAACAUAGCCUCCACAAUAGGACGACUGGUGGCUGGAGGCGUGGCUGAUCGAUUUGGCAGAAUCAACACCCAGACUGCACUCAUUGCUCUGGGUGCCCUUGCAGUUUUUGUGGUCUGGCUGCCGUUCGGACACUCCCUGAUAGGGCUUUACAUCUUCUCAGCCAUAUUCGGAUUGGCUUCGGGAUCAUUCCUGAGUCUUGCACCAGCCUGCAUCGGGCAAAUCUCUAGGGCGAGCGAGGUUGGUGGAAGGUUUGGGUUGACAUAUUCUAUUGUCAGCUUUGCCACACUAAUCUGUAUUCCGAUUGGCGGUGAGAUGCUUGACAAAGUUGGGAAGAGAGCCAUGGUGGCAUAUUUGGGAAGUGUUCUGAUAGUCUCACUCGGUUUGUUCGUCAUGGCGAGAUGGGCCUGUUUGAGCUACCGGUGGAGGUGGCAGGCAAAGAUCUAG